CGUUUGGACUGUGCUGCCUGCUGCUUUGCACCGAUCGCCACUUGUCGUCUUUGCGCUCUUUACGAGACAGAGAAAGAGAGAGAGAGACCAAUUGUUGGAACUGGAACCAGAAGGCAACACUGUAAAACCGUUCGCUAUGCUGGGAACAGCGCUGCUGGGAAAACGUGCCCCAAAGGCUGUAAAAAAGAAACCGUUUACCGAAGUGGAAAUUACAGAUCUACGCACCGCAUUCGAUUUGUUGGACAGAAAUCGGGAUGGACGUGUGACGGCGAAUGAAUUGCAGUUUAUGCUCAAGAAUCUGGGCAUCGAUGUGCGUGAUGAAAUCAUACACGAUCUCAUACGUGAGGCAAGCCACUCAGGCAACGGUUUAAUCAACGAGGCCGAAUUCCUGCAAUGGGUGGGCAGGAUUCAGGCUCUGCGGGAUGACCAGCAGCAGGACGAGAAUGCCAGCAAUGCCAGCAAGCCCCUCGAUGAGGCAGACGAUGUCACCGAAGACUUAAUAGCUGCAUUUAGAGUAUUCGAUCGUGAUGGAAAUGGUUUUAUAACGCGAGAUGAGCUGCAAACCGCAAUGGAAAUGAUUGGGGAGCCCUUGAAUGAGGCGCAGCUGGAGCAGCUGCUUGUUAUUGCCGACUUGGACCAGGAUGGUCGCAUUAAUUACGAGGAGUUUACGAGACUUUUGCUCUAAGUGCAGAAAUUAAGUGCAAUUAUCACCGGAUGGCAAAUGCUAAUAACAAAUUAAACAAUAAUUAUUAAGCGAUUUACUAACAUACUCAGACAGAAUUCAUGAAUGUUUUAUACAAAACAUAAAUAUAUUAAAUAUAUAUUAUUAAUUUAUGCUAAGAACAUUUUUGGAAAGGAAUCGUAAGAAACACACCAAAAAAAAACACAAUACACACAAAUCUCACACUUUGAGUUGGUUUUCAAGUGAAAAUCUAAUACAAAC